UUCUUAUCGAACUGACGAUGGCGCAAAUACCACCGUAGUGAUAGUUUGAUUUUCUCGGUUUCUCCUUAACCAUUCAACGCAAGGAAUAAUUAACAUCAAUUAUGGGGAGCAAAUUUGAAGGUUUUGAAGAAUGCUUCAAGAUGACCUUUAAAUCUUGUAAUUCUAUUGCACUACUACAUUUACGAGAUAUGAAUGAAAACCGUACAACUCUUGAGUGCAAAAUUGCUGUCGGAUUAGUAACUAAAAGAGAAAUUAUGGAUCAAUUAAAACACGAAUUGCACUUAUUUGAUACCUUACUCAAGAGAAUUGAAGAUAAAAUGAAUAAAAUGCAAUGCUGUAAAGUGAUCAAUAAUGUUAUUUCAAUUUUAACCAAACGGAUCAACGAUUUGUGGAAUAAUAUUCAUUUACUGUUCGACGUCGAAGGUGAACAUGAACCAGAAGUUCUUGAUGUUGAAGUAGAUGACUUCGUAAUAUCCCAAUGUUCCAACUGCAAUAAUUGCAGUAUAACAAUUAAGAGUAUUAUUAGCAGUAUAGAGAUCAUUUCAAAGAAAAACGAUGCAGUUUUCAAUUUGUCCUCGUCUGAUUUUUCCAAAAUUCUUCAAACAACAGCAUUUGUAGAUAAAACAUUGAUGAUAAAAGAAGUAUUUCAAAACAAUGAAGUCAAAGGAAUAGUAAUCACGGCUCCCCACAAGUAUGGAAAAUCAACUAAUUUAAGUAUGCUUAAAUACUUCUUAGAAAUUCAGGUAGACUCUUUGGGAAAACCAAUUACUAAGGCAAACACCGGUAAACCAAUAACAGAUACAAGUAAUUACGAACUAUUUAAAAACCUUAAGAUAAGCAAGGAAGUUAAUAUAAUGAAUGAGCAUUUUGGAAAAUAUCCGGUGUUGUAUGUAAAUUUUAAAACAGAAAAUAUUACAAAUUCUUAUUGCAGUGCUGCUGAAAAAUGUAAAGGAUCAAUUCAUAACUCCUUUUCAUUACAUAAUUAUUUACAAAAAAGUAAAAAAUUGAGUAGUGAAGAGAGAAAAUUAUGUAAAUUAUGGUCUAGUGAUUCUAGUUAUAAAAGGAUUAUUUUUGAUGAAAUUUCAACUGGUCUUAGAAUAUUGUGUAAAUGCUUAUCAAAACAUUAUAAUAAGCCAUGUUUUGUACUAAUUGAUGAACUUGACGCGUUAACAAUAACCGGAACAAUAACAGAUGAUUUGGUUCAAGAUUAUAAAAACAUCUUUAUAUUUUUGAAGCAACUUUUAUUAUUUUUAAAAAAUAACAAAUACGUUUUUCAAGCAUUUAUUACUGGAAAAUCUGUUUCUUCUAUUCAUGGCAUAGUACCAUCAUGUAUACAAAUACUACCAUUUUCUAACUUUCAUGAGUUUACUGAUUACUUUGGAUUUACUACAAAUGAAUUGGAAUAUCUUUUCAAAAAACCAGAAUUCAAAUCUGUAACAACAACAAUAGAAGAAGUAAAAGCUUAUUAUGGUGCGUAUAAUAAAAUCGAUUUAAGUACAAAAACAAAGAAGCAAAUAUAUUGCAUGUGGUCAAUUUUAAAUGUUUUAAGACGUAACAAGCUUGAUAACUAUUGGCGAGAUUUUGGAAAGUUUUUUUUUAAUUUUUCGAUUCCAGGUAUUAAAACAAUAAUGCAAAAAUUACUGGUAAAUGAAACUUUUGUAGUUAUGUUAUACAAUACAACUGAAUCAAAAACUCAUCCGACUCCCCCUCCAAUUAUUGAAACAUCUGAAAACCCUUUUACAAAAAGUUCACUAGAUUAUUUUUUUAAUGUCUUGUUAGACUUGGGUUAUAUGACUUUCACUUCAGCGUCAAUACUGGUUCUAGACGUACAUAAUAGUACAAAUAGUUGUAUAGGAUAUGUUAAAAUACCAAAUGAGGAAAUUAAACAAGAUAUUGAACAUAAAAUAUCAUUGUUAUCUUAA